UCUUGUGCGCCGGUCAAUGAAAUUUGUCGAAAUAGCGUUAGUGUUAGUGCUUGGUAACCGAAAUCACUUUUUGUGAAGAUUUAAGGGUUCAAGAGGAUUUGCUGUGGCCGAGCUAUCUUUAAUUAUUGUUCUUUUUGGUUCAGGAGGAUUUGCUGUGGCCGAGCUAUCUUUAAUUACCUAUUGUUCUUUUCGGUAAAUACCGUACCUGGCGUGAUGCAAGUCUCUACACCUAGAAAGGUAAAUGCCUUAUCUGUGGCGAUCCAAGUCUCUACACCUAGAAAGAUGGAGUAAGUUUCUACCAGAGUUUCUACCUCAUCGUAUACCUAUCUCCAAGGUUACACGCGAAUAUUCGUGCCUUCAGAGAUGCCUUUGGAGAAGUGAUAGCGGUCAUACGGAUACGAUCUACCAGCAAAUCGAUCUUUGGAGUCACCGUGGUGGAAUACACGAGUUGAUAGGAAAUAAAAAUGGGAAGUAAUACAGUUGACAAAGCGUUAACAAUGCUUCGCUCCUUACCCCGUGUCUGUUUAAAGAACAUUCGAGACAAUCCCGGUUCUAAAAUAACACAGAAAAGGGGUCGCGGACAACACGGCGGUGAUAAACACGGUGCUGGAAAUAAAGGAUCCGGCCAACGACAGAAUUACAUGCGGCUUGGCUACGAAACGGGAAACCGUCCGUUCUAUCUCCGUUUCGGAUUCGAACCGUACUACAAAGGUCACCAUCUAAGAAGACAAUAUCCGCCGGUUUCGUUGCUACAACUCCAAACGAUGGUGGACACAAACCGAGUUGACGUCUCCAAACCGAUCGAUUUAGUCACACUUUGUAACACCGGGUUAUACAGAAUAUUCCCCGAUCAACACCAGUUCGGAAUUAAUCUCACAGAUGAAGGCGCCGACAUCUUCCAGGCGAAGGUCAACAUCGAAGUGCAAUGGGCGAGCGAGCUUGUCAUUGCCGCCGUGGAACGGGCUGGCGGUGUUAUAACGACGGCGUAUUACGACAUGCAUAGUCUACAGUGCAUGAUUAAUCCCCAGAAGUUCUUCGAAAGAGGCAUACCAAUUCCACGUCGCAUGGUACCUCCCACCGAUGCAGCUGACUACUACGCCGAUGCCGCAAAGAGGGGAUACUUGGCAGAUCCAGAGAAGGUCUCCGAAGAACGACUGGUGCUCGCCCAAAAGUACGGGUAUAACUUACCUGUUAUAGAAAACGACCCCGACUACCCCAUGCUCACCGAAAGAAAGGACCCCAGGCAGAUAUUCUUCGGAUUAAAUCCCGGUUGGGUGGUCAAUCUGAAGGAUAAGGUGAUUUUGAAACCCUUAGAAGAAGAAUUAUUACAAUAUUAUAAUAGUUAAUGUAAUCCACUGUAUCUUGUUUAAAAUAAUUAAAUACCGUUUUAAAUGUC